AUGGCCGCAAACGACCAACAAACAUCCAGCGCACCGACACCGACACCGACACCUCCUUCCACUGCAGCGGCGGCAAGCACUCCAGCACCAGCACCGUCCUCCAGCCCGGCCAACAUCAUCACCGCACUUGGGAACGCGUUCAAGAAUCAGAAUGGUGAGCCGAUCACAGGAGAGCGUAUUGCGCAACUUCUUGCGCAGAAUAUGGGCCAGCUUGGGGAGCUCGCGCGCCAGGGAAAGCUGAACGCGCAACAGAUUCAACAGCUGAAGGAAUAUGCAGAGAGGUAUAAGACUCCUGCUACCGGUGCGAUUACUACGACAGCGGGAACAUCCACAGCGUCUAUAGCAACUACUUCAGCCAAGCCAGCGGGGAUAACACCUACAGCAGUAUCGACCGCCACUAGUGCGUUCAAAACCGGCUCAUCUGCUCCUGUCCUUACCUCAACAACGGGGGACGGAUAUCCCAUCAGCCAAACGCUCGCUACAACCAAUCCUGGGCCCGUGUCAUGGCCUGCGGCACAACAGGGAAGACCGACUUUGACUGGCGGCAUGACUGCUGGAAGAAUAUCUGGCACCCCGGCGCAGGUAGCUCGGUCGGGCGAGGAAACGACGUUGUCGAUUGAUGACAACCGCACGAGAAGGAAGAACACACCCGGGGACCAGAGCAUGCGCCGCUCAAUCCAGGACGUGGUAUUGAGCGUCGAUCCCAACGUGCGUAUCGAACCCGAGGUUGAAGACCUGCUCUUGCAAAUUGCAGAUGAGUUUAUAGAUUCGGUCACGAAUUUCGGAUGCCGGCUAGCCAAGCACCGAGGGAGCGAUUCCCUCGAAGUCAAGGACCUCCAGUUGCAUCUGGAACGCAAUCAUAACAUCCGUAUACCAGGUUUCGCUUCAGACGACACACGUAUAUCGCUUUCCCAAUCUACUGUCGCAGCUCCUGCACCCACCACAACGGCCAAGAAGUCUGCACAAGGAAAUUCAGCAACACUCAGAAGCCAGCGACUCGCACAAGUGCAGCAAGCCAAACGAGAGGGAAAGCUGCUAUGA